AUGUCUUCCACGGAGGAAAACUUAGAGAAGAAGAUCGACGAUGCCAACGCCCUCGAGGUCGCCGGGGCGGCUGAGGAACGGACAAAGCCCGUAUCUCGGUUCACGAGGUGGUACCGCAGCCCGCUGUUCAACGUCAUCCUCGUGGGGUUGAUCUCCUUCACGCAGCCAGGCAUUUGGAAUGCGUUGAACAGCACGGGUGCAGGCGGCCAGCAGGAGCCGUACUUGGUGAACGGGUCUAACGCGCUAACGUUUGGCUUAAUGGUCUUUGGCUGCACCAUCUUCGGCAUCAUUGCCAACAGGAUAGGCGUCAAGAAGGUGCUGAUCAUCGGCACACUGGGAUACGCCCCCUAUUCGGCUUCACUGUACGUCAACAACCGGUACGGGACUGAGUGGUUUGUCCUUUUUGGAGGGGCAACGUGCGGUAUUGCGGCCUCGGCUCUUUGGGCAUCUGAGGGCGCCAUUGCGCUGGGAUACGGCGAUGUCAAGGACCGCGGCAAGUUUGCUUCCCUGAACGCCGGGUCAAGCGCCCGUGGCAAGGUUGGGUACAGCACAUACCUCGUCUUGAUCUCGCUGCAGUGUCUCGGUCUCCCUCUCGCCUUCCUGAUCUCGCCGCCGGAGAAGGUCAUACGGAGCGACGGCACGCGCGGUCGGGUUGCGGCCAAGAACACAACCCUGAAAGAGGAACUGCGCAAGACGUGGAAGCUGAUGAAACGAAAGGAGAUGUUCCUGCUGGUGCCCAUCCUAAUCGGAUUCCAGUGGAACUCGACGUACCUGGGAAUCUACAUGACCAAAUACUUCUCCGUCCGCGCUCGAACCCUCGGGGCCCUAGUCUCCGGCAUUGUGGCGACGUUGGCCAACAUCUUCUGGGGCUGGUUCUACGAUCUCAAGUACUUUAGCCGGCCAACACUCGCGAAAGCCUGCUGGCUGUUCUUUGUCGUCUGCAUGCUGGGAAUGUUUGGUUGGCAGGUGGCCAACGAGAAGCUCUACGGAGACUCCAACCCCAGGGUCACGCUAGACUGGGAGAGCCCGGGCUUUGGCCGUGGCUUUGGGUCCAUGGUCAUCUUGAGGUUUCUGAACGAGUCCCACUACAUGUAUGUGUACUGGAUUGUGGGCGCCUUCUUCGAUGACAUGGAGACUUUGACCCUGGCGGUCAGUCUCGUCCGAACGUUCGAGUCCAUCGGCUCCAGCAUAUCGUUCGGAAUUGGAGCGGCUGCAGUGUCGCCCAUGGUGAACCUCGUUAUUUCGUUUGCCAUGUUUGGUCUGACAAUCCCAGCCACGUCGUCGGUAGUGUUCAUGGUACCAGAGCGUCCGGUGGACCUGCGAAAAGACGAUGAUGGGUUGGCAUCAGGGGAAGAAUCGGAACGCGUCGAGCGCACUGGGACGGUGACGGUGACCACGUCCGAUGAAUCCUCGGUGUUGUAGGGUCAUAGGUUCGA